AUGGUCGGAAGAAUGCUCCGCUGGUCUCUAAAACUCUCGGAAUUUGACAUAAAGUAUGAGGGGAGGAAGGCGCUAAAAGCACAGGUCCUAGCAGACUUCGUUGCUAAGAUGGCUUUCCCAAACACGACGACAUGUAAUGCCCGGAGAUGGACCCUGUACGUCGACGGAGCCUCCAACCCGUCUGGAAGCGGGGCAGGCGUCAUCUUAGAAAACGGAGAAGGAACGCUAAUAGAAGUAUCGCUAUCACUCUCCUUCCCAAUCUCCAACAACCAAGCAGAAUACGAGGCGCUGCUCGUGGGGCUACGCCUCGCCUACGACUUGGACGCCGAGGAGAUCGAAGUAUUCACCGACUCUCAACUAGUAGCUUCGCACAUCUCCGGAGAAUACCAAGUCAAAAGCGACUAUCUCGCCGGAUACUUGAGCCUCGUGCGCAAAAAGAUGGUUUGGUUCAAGAACGCCACAGUAAAACAUAUCCCUAAGAGCAUAACGCCCGAGCGAACGUUCUGUCGAAACUCGCCAGCACAAGGAAGAAAGGGGGCAAUAAGUCCGUGA